GCAAGAUGGCGGCGCCCAUCGCGCAGGAGCUGGAGCGCCUGCUGAACCCGCUGCCCGGCGCUCUGGGGGACCCGGAGGACGACCCCGAGGAUGCCACUGCAGCCAGAGUCAUUGAGAAAUUUGACGAAGGAGACCCUGAAGAUGGCCUUCCUGCUGUUGGCCUCAUACGGAAAGGCAUCUCCUCCAGCCUCCUGGAUGACAAUGAGCGAUACCGUGGGCAGGCUACGUCUCGCCAAGUCUUGGAAGACCAGCUCUGGGGAGAACCACAGCCAGCAGGUGAGGAAUUGCAAUCUGCUGAAGAGGAAACCGAGGAAAGUGACCUUAACGGUGAAUCCUUGGAGGAGGAACUGAACGAUGAAGACCCAGACAUGGAGGAGGAGGAAGCUCCAGGCAGCGUUGACAGUGGCAAGGAGGACGAGAGAGAUCCCUCCGUGAACCUGAAGAAAGUAGCGUUCUGUUUCCCGACUAUUGUUGAUUUUGAGAAGUUCGCUGAGGGGAUGGAUGAAAUUGAGAAUGAGGAUGAGGAAGAUGGCAUGGAAGAAGGCAGUGGCGAUGAAACCAUUUCUGAGGAAGGCUCUGAAGCUGAGGACGAGGCGGCGGGUGCAGAAGAGAGCAAGGAGGACACCACGCUUUUGACGUUCUCUGAAGACAAAGUGGCUGACGAAGUAGAGAAGGGGAGAGCUGUGAAAAAUCAGAUAGCGCUGUGGGACCAGCUUUUGGAAGGGCGGAUCAAGCUGCAGAAGGCCCUCGUGACCGCGAACCAGCUUCCGCAGCCAGAUAUCUUCCCCGAGUUUAAGAAGAGAGGGGGGCCGGAGCUUGCCAGGGCGCUUAAAGACAAUCACAAAGCCCUAAAGGCUUUGCUGAGAUCACUGGUAGACCUUCAGGACGAACUCCUCUAUCAGUAUUCAGGCACGAGUCAUCUGGUCAUUGGCGGGCAAUCCAUGGAAGAAGAGAGUACCGAAGAGAUCCCGAGUGGGAGCGAUGGAGAAGGCGAAGGGGAGGGCGUGAUGAGGAAGAGGCUGCCGAAACGGCCGCUCAAGCGGAAGCUUGAGAUGGACGAAUACCCGGAGUUUGCGGCCAAGCGGUUUGCCGACUUCCGGGCCUAUCGGAACAGCACCUUGCAGAAGUGGCACGACAAGACCAAGCUGGCCUCUGGCAAACUGGGCAAGGGUUUUGGUGCCUUUGAGCGUUCAAUCUUGACUCAGAUUGAUCAUAUUCUGAUGGACAAAGAGAGAUUACUCCGGCGGACGCAGACCAAGCGCUCAGUCUACAGGGUUCUGGGGAAGCCCUCGCAGGAGCUGGAGCCACUUCCAGAAGCUUUGCCGGGACAUAUGGAGGCCCUUCCAGUAGCUGAAGCUAACACACAUCUCAAAGACCUGGAUGAAGAGAUCUUUGAUGACGACGACUUUUACCAUCAGCUCCUCCGUGAACUUAUUGAACGUAAAACCAGCUCCUUGGACCCAAAUGAUCAAGUAGCGAUGGGCAGGCAAUGGCUGGCUAUCCAGAAAUUGCGGAGCAAAAUCCGGAAGAAGGUGGACCGAAAGGCCAGCAAGGGAAGGAAAAUCCGGUAUCACGUCCACAGCAAGCUGGUGAGCUUCAUGGCGCCCAUUGACCACUGCACAAUGAAUGACGAUGCCAGAACUGAGCUUUAUCGAUCAUUAUUCGGCAAAAGAGCUAAUCUUGAACGAGAUGACCAACCUUAG